GCUCACGCGUGAGCUUUAGUUUCACUGGCAAAGCUGAAAUGUUACACCGCACCGAACCAUGGACCCGGGCGUGUGCGAUCAUACUGGUUGCGUUCGUUUGUAUGAAUUCGGCCAAAAUUAUGAUCACCAAGGUCGAUUACGUGUCGAACGCGGACUACCUAACGAUGCAGGUCCGGGUCAACAAUGAAACGGAGGGCAGUACGGUCGAUGUGGAUGGGAAUUUGUUCCUGGACGUGUCGCAGGGUGUGUCCGUCGCGAUCGAUCUCGACUCGAAGAUGGACGGCGAGUACAUGACGAUGAUCGGCACGACCAAGGAGCUGUGCAGUGCGGAAGACACCGGCAUGGAUCCGGUGGUGCCGCUGCUGAACGACGAGCUGCAAAAGUUUGGCAACCUUAGCUUCAACUGCCCGUUUCAGAAGGGAUACUACCGUGUGCGAAGGUUCCGCAUGAGCGACGAUCACAUGCUGGUGAAGAUGGUACCGCCCGGUGAGUACAUCGUCAAGAUGGACCUGCAGCAUCAGCAGCCGAACGCAACCGACAAGAAUCCGGUGUUUAAGCUGUCGUUCUACUUCGAAAUUUCAUAAAAUUUACAUCACAACGAAGUAGAAGAAAUAUGCACGGAAAAGGCAGAAGAAGAAGAAGAAAGCAGUGUGGAGGGUAUUAGCGUUUUUAAAUGCGUGUGUGUACGUGUGUGGCAAAGCAACUUUAAAUCUUUGAAAUAAAUGCAUAGGCUUCAGA